CCCAACCAGUGUUCGGAACGGAACACAUGAAGGAACUCGCUCUUUGUCGCUGUAGUAGUAGAGGUCCACUUCGACUAAUCAGCACUAGGUUGCCUUUCCGUUCUGGUGUAUUCCCGCCUCGUCGUCGCCCACUUUGCGAAGACUGUGUCAUGAAUCCGUGCCCGUGUAGUCGCCACAGCGAGCUAGGAAGCGAUGCUGAAGGUUAGAGACCAUUGUGGGGGGCGCUGUCGUGAUCCGCCGGCUUUUUAGAGACCUUAGUUUUUUUUUUCCCCCGAAUUUUCCGACUGAUCGGGAUAGAUUUAAACUUCUUAGUGCCAUUCAACAAAAAUUCUGAUUCCAUCCUCACUUCACUCCUUCCUUGCUCGGGUCCUCCGUUCAAACCCUCUCGCUAUCCCCUGAAUGACACCUUAGUUCGCUGCCGCCUUGCCUCGACUCACUUCACCUCCUUAGCACGAUGAUCCCUUCGCUUUAUUCACCGCCGCUUCAGUCACACUCGCGCGCUGGAAGCGUAGCUCUCGUCCUCUCUCGUCCGCGUCAGCCCCUCGAGAUGGCCGUCCAGUCCUCCGCUUCCGCUGCUUCCGCCGCUUCCGCCUCUUCCCCCGCUUCCGCCUCUUCCCCCGCUUCCGCCGCUUUUGCCGCUAUCCCCGCGCAAUCUUCGUCGUUCCUCCGCCAAUCGUCUGGCCGCCUCGCGUCGCAAGCGGCGGCCUCCGCGUCGUCCGCGUCGUCAUCGUCUGCUCACCUUCCGCAGUCUCCGCCCACCGCCUCUCCCGCGCGUGCUUCCGGGGGGCAAGCAGCCCUUUUCCCCGCUCUCUCGUGCGCGGCUAGCCUCAGCGGCGGAAGCAUCAGAUUAAGAAGUAUCAACGGCAGGCCGAGCGGAAACAGCUGCAGCAGCAGCAGCAGCCACCGCGGCAGUCGCGUUGUAAAUCACUUCUCUGGCGCCUCGAGAUUUCAUUCGCCGCCGCCCAGAGCCACGGCACGGGCGUACGGGCUACGGCAGGACCACGGCGCGUCGGCGGAACGAGCAGAGGCGCGGAGACUACCGCCGCCAGGUCGGCCCGCGCUUCUCGGGAGCAAGCUUCCGCUCCCUUCCGCUUCCCCUUUCUCUCCGUUCACACGCCCGUCGCAGCAACGGCUGGGCGACUCCGUGCGAUGCCGCGCGAGCGCCAGGCGACGCUCUGAUCGCGAGCAGCUGCUGACGCACACCGUGGAAGAGGGCGAGACGCUGUGGGGCAUAGCGCAGCAGUACGGCGUGCGGGUGAAGGACAUACUGCGCGCGAAUGGCCUCACAGACGUGCACCACGUGGAGCUGGAAACCACUCUCGUCAUCCCACGUGGCGCUUCCAGCGCCACCAGCAGCAACCUCAACAAAAUCAAGAAUACCACCAAUACCUCCCCCUCCUCCUCCUCCACUGGUGCCGGCGAUGCCACGGCCACAGGCAACCUCGCGGCUGCUGUUGCUGCUGGCGCUGCUUCCCCUUCCUCCUCCUCCUCCGUCUCCUCUGCUGCCGCUGCCAGUGCUGGUCAGCGGUUUGGGGGCGCUAGAAAGACUACGAGCGACGUCACCAGAGGGGAUGAUCUCACCAUUGGCAGCAGCAGGGGCCGCAGCAGCAGCAGCAGCGGUGAGGGCGGUGAAGGAACAGCAGCGGAUGCAGCUCUCUCGUCCGGAUCCGUGUUCCAGUCAGUGGGGGCUGCGCUGCUCGGCCGCGUCAAGCGAGACCGCCUGGAGCAGUCUGAAGAGCUGGCGCUGCUACAGGCGCGGGCGAAGCACCAGGGUGCCUGGAAUUGCAUACAAGGCACCUUCUCGUCCCUCCACUCCUCCCUCCUGCAGCGGUGGCACUCUUCUACUGCUGCUGCUCCCACACUCCCUACCACGCCCCCCUCUCUCUCCCCCCACUCCACCACCCUCCCCAGAAGCCUUUUCUCCCAAGGCGCCCUCCUCAUCCCCCUCCUCGCGUCCCUCUCUGUCGCGCUCCUCCUCUCCCUCCUCUCCUUCCUCCGGCCUAUCCUCCUCCGCCUCCGUGCUUUGCGAGCAGAAAGGGAAGCGGCUACAGCCACUGCUAACCCCCUCAUUGCACCCUUUGGAGCUUUGGGAAUGGGGGCCGGGCAAAGAGGGGGCAAGGGAGGGGGGGGGCUGUUAGCAGGUGGCAAUGGUGGUGCUGGUGCUGGGGUUUCUUCUGGGGUUGGUGUUGAUGGGGAUGAGAGAGGAGGGAUGGGAGAAGGGGAUGGUGGAGGGGGAGUGAGUGGAGGGGUGCCGUUUUUGGGUGCUGCAGCAGCGAUGAUGCUGAAUGAGGAUCGACGGCUGAGAACGUCAGAUUGGACUAGAGCACGGGGAGGAGCGUCCACGGCGGCAACUGCUGCUGCUGCCGGUUCUGCUGCUGCUGGGUUGGCCCGGGUGGACCUGACCCCCGAGGACGUGGCACGGGACUAUGAGGAGAUCGUGCGGUGCUACCACGAGGGCAUGGCGUCGUCUUAUGAGUCGUUUCUGAGGGACAGUGGCGCCAUGUCUGCCGGCCGCUUCCGGGGCGGCAUGCCGUCCAAGUUCAGGCCCAAGCCGAAGCAGCGGUGAUGAGAUGGAGACGGGGCGAAGAGGGGAUUGUGAGGGGAAGAGAGUAUCGAGCACCCCUGUUGCUGCUGCUGCUGCUGUUCCUGGUGGUUUUUUUAGCUUAGCACCCACCCACACGGUGUCCGCCCUCCUAUGCUCUGAGAUACUGGAUUGUGCCCUCCCAUGACCAUCGCGCUGUGGCAAGUCUUCCGUGCCGAACCUGCCAGUCCGAGCCUGUCAUUCCGAACCUGCCAGUCCAAGCCUGCCAUCCCGAACCUGCCAGUCCGAGCCUGCCAGUCCGAGUCUGACAUUCCGAACCUGCCAGUCCGAGCCUGCCAUUCUGAACCUGCCAUUCCGAACUUGCUACUGCGAACCUGCAACAUGGUCCCCACAACGCAUCAUCCCCCACCUGGCGUCCUGCUUGCCCUCCCACACCGCUGCCAUGGUCCCAUGCCCUCACCACCAUCUUGCCGCGCCCUCACGUGCCAUGCAACUCAGUCCACGCACCAUGCAAUGCAUUUGCCAAGCGUCGCCUCCUCGCCUCCCCGUACUCCAUGUGUCCAUUACCCCCACCUCGUCACCUCCCCACGUCGUCACCUCCCCACGUCGUCACCUCCCCUCGUCGUCACCUCCCCACGUCGUCACCUCCCCUCGUCGUCACCUCCCCACGUCGUCACCUCCCCACCUCGUCACCUCCCCACCUCGUCACAUUCCCACCUCGUCACCUCCCCACCUCGUCACCUCCCCACCUCGUCACCUCCCCACGUCGUCACCUCCCCACGUCGUCACCUCCCCACCUUGCCACCUCCCCACCUCUUCACCUCCCCACCUCGUCACCUCCCCACCUCGUCACCUCCCCACCUUGCCACCUCCCCACCUCUUCACCUCCCCACCUCGUCACCUCCCCACCUCGUCACCUCCCCACCUUGCCACCUCCCCACCUCGUCACCUCCCCACCUCGUCACCUCCCCACCUCGUCACCUCCCCACCUCUUCACCUCCCCACCUCGUCACCUCAUCACCUCACAGCUGCAUCCCCUCUCCUCCCAUGACCGACUGUCCGCGUCUCCCGUAACAAAGCUUCACCCACUGUCUCAAACCUCCAUACAGGCACCUUAUCUCACUACUUGUUUGGUGUCAGACAUUGACAGCCCAGUUGUUAGCAGCAGCAGCAGCAGCAGCAGCAGCAUGAGCAGUGCGCACCAACGCACACACUUCACUUUCGAGGCGCCUCAAGAGCAGCAGCCGCACCAGAUUUGCCUACCAACAACUUGAGCACAAAAGCACGCUCUCUCCACUCCACCUACCAACCAGCACCCCUGUGUGAGCGUAACAAACAGCUCGUUUACGAAGUGUGGGCCGGGUCGGGUCAGGCAUGCAUGAAUGGAUCAUGGAUCAACCUCUAUCCCUCUCUCCUGCCGUCCACGUGCCUCAAUGGCUAUCUGUCUUACCUACCUAUCAACCAACCACACCCAUGGUGUCUCAUGAUUUUACUUACCUACGGACUAGGCUACAUAACUGGCUCCUUCCUCUGCUACAUCAUUUGCCACACUGUAAGGCCUUCCAUUAUAAUUUUGAUUGUAGUGCUGUUGUAGCUUGUGUGUGCAGUGCGUGGGUUGGGUUGGGGAGUGCGUGGAGGCUUGAUAACUUAGGUGUGCCUGUUUGCAGUUGCUUGCAGCAGGCUUGAUUUUUUAGGCAUCUCAAAAUUUGAUUUUUGAGGCGCCUAUAAUUCGUGGAGGCUCAAGUCGAGACAUCCUAGGUGUGCCGUGCCUGUUUGCAGUUGCUUCCAGCAGGCUUGUUCGGUGAAGUGGUGGGUGGGUGACACACUAGGUAGGUAGGUAGUAACGAGGUGGGUAGCUGUUUGUUUUAGAGGGUUCACUCAAUAUU